GUCUCGCAGACGGACCACGGUCCACGGGUUGUAAAACCAACCAGGCUACCAGCCGAGGGCGAGUGCGUCGCUUUCCUCCUCCAGGCCUCCACCCUCGCUCUCGCUCGCUCGUCGUCACCACCACACCAGCGAGGCGCGGCGCGGCGGGCUUCGCUCGUCGAGAGAGGCGCGCCGUCCAUGGAGGCGAUGGAGGAGGCCAACAGGACGGCAGUGGAGAGCUGCCACCGGGUGCUGGCGCUCCUCUCCAACCCGCACGGCCAGCUCGUCCCCAGCAGGGAGCUCGUGGCCACCACCGGGGAGGCCGUAGCCAGGUUCGGCUCCCUGGCGGCCAAGCUCUCCAGCUCCAACGGCAAUGGCCUGCAGGGCCACGCUAGGGUCAGGAAGACCAAGAAGCCCCUGCCCAUCUUCUACAGCAACCUCUUCCUCGAGAGCAGCUCUGCGGUGGCCGCCGCCGCGACUGUGGCCAAGACGCCCAGUCCGAGCCCGACCACUGGCCUCCAGCUGUUCCCGAGGUACCACCAGAUGGAGGGCUCGUCGUGUAAGGAUCCUGUCAGGAUCCCUGCGCAGUUCCCCAAGAGGUUGCUGCUGGAGAACCUGGCUGCCGGUCUGGAGGGGUCGUCGCCGCCUGCCCCUCCGGUCCGGAUGGUGCAGCCGGUGUCCGUUGCGCCUCCCGCAGGGAUGCCCACCCCGGCAUUGCCCGCCGCACACCUCCAUUUCAUCCAGCAGCAGCAGAGCUACCAGAGGUUUCAGCUCAUGCAGCAGAUGAAGAUUCAGAGCGAGAUGGUUAAGAGGAGCAAUCUUGGUGAGCAGGGUGGUAGCUUAAGUGGCGGCGGGGGCGGUGGUAAGGGUGUGAACCUCAAGUUUGACAGCUCCAAUUGCACGGCGUCAUCGUCUCGCUCGUUCCUUUCGUCUCUGAGCAUGGAAGGAAGUCUUGCGAGCUUGGAUGGAAGCCGGGCCAGCAGGCCGUUCCAGCUAGUUAGUGGCUCUCAGACAUCUAGCACACCGGAGCUGGGCCUGGUGCAAAGGAGAAGGUGUGCUGGGAAGGAGGAUGGGAGUGGUCAGUGCGCAACCGGGAGCCGGUGCCAUUGUUCAAAGAAAAGGAAGCUAAGGAUAAGGAGGUCCAUCAAAGUCCCUGCAGUAAGCAACAAGGUUGCAGACAUCCCAGCUGAUGAGUUCUCGUGGAGGAAGUAUGGGCAGAAGCCAAUCAAGGGAUCCCCACAUCCUAGGGGUUACUACAAGUGUAGCAGCGUGAGAGGCUGCCCCGCGAGGAAGCACGUCGAGAGGUGCGUGGACGACCCUUCGAUGCUGAUCGUUACCUACGAGGGUGACCACAACCACAGCCGAGUUCUAGCCCAGCCAGCCUGAUCUCUCUGGCUAUCGAUUAUUCAAGAUCGCUUCCGUAGUAGUCACCCUCCCUCUCUAGAGAAGGGAGGACAGCAACAGCAACAAUGAGAGCCUAGUGUCUGUACAUAAGUUCUGCUUCUAACAGUUGGAGGAGUGAUUCGGUUAGCUAGCUCUUUCAGAAGAAUCAGUGGUGACAGAAGGGAACUUAUCGCGUCGAUGGAUGGAAGAAAGGGAGAGAGAGAGUUCCUCAUCAGAUACUCAUACUCUAUUUUUGUAGCUUCGGUUUAUCUCUCUUUUUUGUUCAUCCUGUGCUAGGGCCCAUCCUGUGGGUUGUAUGUCUGGGAAUGGUGUUGGGGGGGAUUGGAUCGGAGAAGAAGGCAUGUGGCAGGAAAUUGCCUGUAAAAGUGGCUACACCUAGGAACAGAAUGUACUAUCGUCUUCAGCAGUGGUACAGCCUUGUUGACGCA